GUGCAGAGCAGAGGGUGGCUGUCCCCUGUGUCCCCUGUGUCCUUCCCAGCCUGUCCUUGCUGUGCCCCGGGGGUGUGGGCAGGCUGGGAUGGCAGAGCUGCCCCACAGUUGAGCACUCCCAGUGCCCUCCAAACUCCAGGGAUCCAUCUGGAGGCUCCCUGUCCUUUGACAUCCAGGUAGAUCCAGGGCUUUGCCACAUUCUGGGACCAGCUCAAAAUCCAUCCAUGGAGUCACAUCUGUCUCAUUCCCCCUUGCCACUGAGCCCUGAGGGGCAGGAAAACACCUUCAAGGGGCUUCUCCCCCAAAUAUUUUUAUGGGAUUCCUGAGAGAUUUCAGGUCAGGGCCUUCUUCUCCAGCCUGUCCAGACCCUCUAGGUGCUCACACAGCCCAGAAUCAGAAAUUGGCCCAGAGAAGCAGCUUGGAGCCUCAAAGUGUCCCUCCUGUCCCCGUUCCCUUCAGGGAGAUUGUGCUGGCUUCUCACCUGAAGCCUCUGGAGAAGAAGGACAGGCUGGGACAGAGGAGGAACGUGCUGUGGAAUCCCUGUGCAGCCCCAGCUCGGACAGCACCUGCCCAUGCUGUGGACAUCCCACAGGAGCUGAUCCAGCUGCCCAGCACCGCUGCGGAAUUUCACCGCGAUUGGCGCCGGUGCCUGAAAAGUGGGACAGACAAAUAUCAGUUUUUGCUGGAGCUUGGAGGGGAGGCUUUGGGCAGGAUCUUCCAGGCUGAUGUGGGCUUUGGCCUCCUGGGGGAGUUCCUGACAGUGCUGGCAGAGAACAUCCAUGCUGGGGACAGAGCUGCCAUCCUUCAGAUCCUGCAGAGCCUGGCGGGCACCGGGCGCUUCGGGCUCAACGUGGCUCUGCUGAGCCAGGCAGAGAAGCAGAGCAGCCAGGAUUUGUUCAGGAAGCUGCAGAGCAGGGAUGGGCAGGCUGCUGGCCAGGGGGAAGCCCAACCCAUGGAAACCCACCUGGAAAAGGAAACUGAGGAGGAGAGGACAGUGGUGGAGCUGAUGAAGUGUUACCAAGUCAGCUGAGGAACACCAGGAUUGAGCAGAAACCUCAAAGAUGACGUUGGCAUCACUUGUUGUUGUUCACAAUAAAGUUUAGCUCCCAGGCUGUGGUGCUGUGAUCUCUGAGCAGGGUGUCCUCACAGAUGGGUAUGGGUAUGGAGAAAACCAAGGGAAAGAAAACAGGAUGGUAGUUUUGAAGGAGAAACCCAAACCCAGAUUGUGACAGUGUUCACAGGGGAUUUUGUUUGAGGGAAGAGAUGAGGAUCU